AUGGCUGCUAUUGGUGCUCUAUCUCCAAAUGAACGUACACUUCGUUAUAUUAUCGAUUUACCUAUAUCAUCAACUGAAUAUAAUGUUUGGAAACCAUUAUUUAAAUUAUUCGUAUCAAUAAGAGAAGAUGAAAGUAGUGUUUGUGGUUGUGUGCUUGAAUUUUCAAUGUUAAAACAUUCACGUUCAACAAAUAAUCAAAUACUUACAUUAUUAACUCAACCUCAAACAAAGUAUUAUAUAUUUCAUCCUUUUCUAUCAUUAAUUCGACGAUUAUUAGUAUGA